UUUGUAUCCGCAACUUUGUUUCUUUUGUUCGUUGCUUGUUGUUUUCUCUCAGUUCUUAACUUACUAAAUACGAAGUCUUACUAUCUAUUUUAUUUUGUCUUUCGUUCGUUUUGGCUUUUGUCCCUGGCCUGAAGGAUUGUGAGGUGAGAUGAAGUCGAAAAUGCUGUCACCGUCUCUAAUUCUCACUCCACUAUUACUUCCCCUAUCUAUCAGUGCCGGCGCUGUAUCCGAUCAAUCACCACUGUUGCCUCAAACAUCCAACGGCCCCAGUAUAGAAAAUGCUCGCGCAAAUUCACACGAGAUUUUCAAUGCCGUUCAUUCGUCUAUGCGACAAUGGGGUUCAUCUCUCAAACAUAAUGGGAUGUCUUUCUUCCCAGCAUCUGUACCAAAAGGAACACUUUUUUACCAUGGAACACAUACACCUGAGCCAGUUGAAGGAAUGGAAUGGUUAGCCUUCGAAAUCGAACAUGCGGAAAUGUUUGCACAUCCAAGGAGAGAACGUGGUCCUGGAGGUCAUGGCCCGGGAAAAGGUCCCAGUGGACAUCCUCCAGGUCCUCCUCCGCAUGCAAGAAUGGAUAACCAUCUAAAAUCAAAACACGAUGAGAGUAUUUACGAUCCUGAGGACAAGGAUGAAGUUAGCCAUGGUUAUCUUCACAAGUACCGUACUUCCAAACCUCUCACCAAACUUUUCUAUAUUGACGGAAUGUCCGCUGGUAAAACAAGCAUGGGAACGCUUGACUCCACAGACUACGUUAUUCGCAAUCUCACACCCACGUCCAAGGAACCAAAUAAUGAUUGGAUCCGAGCAGUCGACCUUUGUAAAAUUGGCGAGCAAUGGGGAAUUGAGGGAUUUCUCCGCAUGGAAGCAGGUUUCGAGAUUAUCCUCUGCAAUUUCAAAGACGGGCUUGAAUUUAUGUCGGCUUCUCAAAGAGAUAAGAUAGAUUUUGAGAAAAAUGACGUUGUUCAAUUUGAAUAUGUGAGGGCCCUGGGAUAUCGAUAUCAAGGUAUCAUGGGGGGAAGAGUAAAAGUGGAUUAUUCAUCUAUGAUUUCUGCUUUCUUUUAUCCAGUUAAUCUUACUAAUCCUAAUCCUUCUCAUUCCGAACUCCCUAGACUGAUUGCGGCUUCUGAGUCGGGUGAUUUAAGGAGAAUUCGCUCUGAUGUGAUGGAACUACUUGAGAGUGAAGAGUAUGGGACCACUGAGACGAUUAAUUGGCAAAAUGUGGUGGAUAUGAUUGUCACGAGAUAUUCUGAUCGUUUGAAAUUUAUGGUCCAGAACGAGACGUCCGUGGAGGCGGUAAAUUCGGAGAUUAAAUUGUUGCUGGAUGUCUAUGUCGAUUAUAAGAACGUUGACGUUGCUUCUUCGGUGGAGAGAUGUGCGGAUCACUACCUGGAGUCGGUAGUACCGGAAACUAAGGCGGAUCAUUUGAUUCGUGCUGCUAUUUUUGAGGUGACGCAUAAUAUCUGUAGUACCUUGUUCAAAGUGAGGGAAUUGCUAAAUGACGAUGAAGGAAAUAGUGUAAAGGGGGAAAGGAGGGGAUUGGAACUCAUCGAGGUGCUGAUCGAUGAUUUAGGCUGGACCACUUGGCUUGAAUGUGGAAAGUGUGCAUACGAUGAGGUAUGCUUUGUGGCUAUUUGGCCUUGGGGAGGAUUAGAAGAUCAUGUAUCUCCGGGGUGUAUCAAGAAGGAUGAUUUAAGUCAUCGGAGAGGAUAUUGGGAGUACGGAAUUUAGUGUGAAGGGCUGGUUUGUAGUGGUUGGAGAUAACAGGCACCCGAAGAACCUUCAUUUCUUGGGAUACAGAAAAGGGUAGAGGAUAGGUGGGUGUGCGGAACAGUAAUAAGAUAUACGAUGCUUAUAGGCUCUUCUGACUCCGCAAGUUAAUAGGACGUUGAGUAGUUUCAAGGGAUGCCGUUGAGGUUUAGACUAUGGAUCUGAGCUUCCUUCAUGGUUUUCUAGAUUUCCGAAUCAGAGUUUAGAGAAGAAUUUUGCUGCUUUAUCCUUGGGGCACGGCAAACAAUACAUUAGUGUGUAUUUUAUGUUUGUUAUUUGAUCAAUUACACACAGUCUCACAGAUCGCUAACAUGUUGCCUUUGUACAAAAGCUUGAAGCUGUCACAAAUUUCUCAGAGCUCCUUGGUAUAUAUUGACCCUCUUACCUCACAUGAGACCGAGUAAAGUAAUCAAGAAAUUAUCCGUUGAGACGGAAAAGUAAACCCAGGUUUCCUAAAGCAAAUUGGAACUUUGAAGACUGUGUAUCGUGUAUUCAGUGGGUUGCAUGCAUGUAUAUUGGGCUUGAGCAAGGGGGUCGGCUGAUCCCCUAUUUUCUCAAAUGGUAAAUCGUAUUAGUUCAAAAAAACUGGAUUGAGGUUUUAGAGCUAGCACUGAGAUUAGAAAGGUAGCGCAUAUUCAAGGGACUCUCGACAGGUAUCCAUGAUACGGGGUUA